UUCCGACACAUUUAACUCUUCCUCUGUCUCGACUCUCUAGAAAAAAAAAAACACACAUUUCAAUUUGAUUUAUAUAAUUUCUCUAUUGGUUUUUGAUAAAUAAGGUUAAAUUUAUCGAAAUUUACACUCUUUUUUUGGUUGUCGCCGCAGUUGAUACUCACUGCAAGCUUCUCUUGUUUGGAAUCUGGUACUUGGAGUAAGAGAAAAUGAGCGCUUCCAAGUUCAUAAAAUGUGUUACUGUUGGAGAUGGAGCUGUUGGGAAGACUUGUAUGCUUAUCUGUUACACUAGCAACAAGUUUCCUACUGAUUAUAUACCGACUGUGUUCGACAAUUUCAGUGCCAAUGUCGCUGUGGAUGGACAAAUCGUGAAUCUAGGGCUUUGGGACACUGCAGGUCAAGAAGAUUACAGUAGGUUGAGACCAUUGAGUUACAGAGGAGCUGAUAUCUUUGUCUUAGCCUUUUCCCUUAUUAGCAAAGCUAGUUACGAAAAUGUGCUCAAGAAGUGGAUGCCUGAACUUCGUCGGUUUGCCCCAAAUGUUCCCAUAGUUCUUGUUGGUACAAAGCUCGAUCUCCGAGAUGAUAAGGGAUACCUCGCGGAUCACACCAGUGUCAUUACCUCUAGUCAGGGGGAGGAGUUGAGGAAGCAAAUCGGUGCAGCUGCUUAUAUCGAAUGCAGUUCCAAGACUCAACAAAAUGUGAAAGCCGUGUUUGACACAUCUAUCAAGGUGGUACUUCAGCCUCCAAGGAGGAAGGAGGUCACACGGAGAAAGCAGAAACACAGAAGAUCCGGUUGCUCCAUUGCGAGUAUUGUCUGUGGAGGCUGCACCGCGGCUUAAGACACAACACAAGUCUCAGCAACAUUGUACCUCUCUCUCGCUCUAUGGUUGUUUUCUGGUUCGCAGGUUGAAAAAACUCACCAAAUGUGAAAGAUAAGGGAACUGUUGGUUCUCUUAUUUGUGUAUGUGAAGCUCCUCUCUCUGUUUUUUGGUUGUGCAGAUUCUGUAACAUUCUCUUGUCUUUGUUAACAAGUUUUGGAUCUUUUAGCAAAUUUGGAAUUCUUGAAUUUUGUUC